UCCAAUAGCCCAGCAUUGAAUACUAGACCUGCUGAUGAUCCGUAUCUGAUUCACGCAAAUUAUUGACAGGUCAAUGUGGGCGUUCCAUAUUUAUGAAGAGCCCGGAUGUAUGUCACCAAACGCUAUGGCUGCUGCUGCAGCAAAUAACCGUGAGGGAAUUCCGAUGGAGAAUGUAGGGCACCAUAUUCAACCUAUUGGAAAGGUGUUCGUCCAGAGAGAUUAUUCAGGAGGAACGUCUGUCAAGUUCCAAACAAAACGACCUGCAGAGUUAACAGACAAGAUUGAUAAAAAUUUAUUUGAACACACCGUGAAUAGACUUAAUGAACUGUAUGCUGAUGCUGAGAAAUAUGGAGCAGUGACGUACUGUGAAGGAUGCUUUGCAUGCCUCACCGCCUACACUAUACUUCUGUGUAUGGAGACCCACUAUGAGAAGUGUUUAAAACAAGCAGCUCAAUUUAUCCAGCAACAAAAUGACGAGAUAUAUGUGCCACGAGGCCUCCUCAUCACAGAUCCAUUUGAACGAGGUCUCAGAGUCAUAGAGAUUUCAAUUCUUCCUCAAGAUCGAGGCUGAAUUUAAACAUCCAACCGGAAUCUAAUUCUGCUUUUCCUUUCCUCUAUAUUAUUUCUUUUAGUUUAAGUAAUUAACUUAAUACAGUACGGUAAUUUAUUAGACAAAUCUGAAGUAAACUUGGAAGAUAUUGCAUGGUGACUUAGCCAUAACUCAUAUUCUAUGCAUAUAUAAUGUAUUUUUAACCUAAUUAUGCUGAUAAUAUGUGGAUAUUAACAUCUAGAAAUAUACAUAGGUGUAGUGAAAGGUUGUACAGUAUUCUAAGACUAUGUUCACCAGACUAGCGUCACACAGCAUAGACACUUUUGUGUACAAACUGACCUAGAUUGAGUUCACGCCAUGGAACUGUUUUCCUGCCAAUCAAACCAAGUGUGCUAAUAAGUAUGACCUUUCAUUUGGUGUGAACUGUUGGCUACCAUUUUACCAAUCAGCAAUUCGCAUUUGGUUUUGAGGAAGCACCUUAAACAGGUUCAUGUUUAAAACAUCAUAGUGUGGACACCCAACAUAAAUUAUGCCUGGUGUGAGCACAAGUGUGCGGGGUGGCCUGUGACCAUUGUACGUUAAGUAACCAUCUUAUGACCUGCCCUACUUUAAGCAUGCAAUACAGUACAUUUAAAUUAUUAAUUUAAUGAACUUAUAUAGAUACCAAUUGAGGCUGUGCUCAUUUUUAAACAUGGACAAAAGAAUGAAUUGUUUAAAGCCGAAAGGAAAGGCAUGUUCAGUUGUGAGUGGUGUAGUGUGAUUAGGCCAUGGGUAUGUGUAAAGGUUUGGAUGACAGGUGAAGGAAUUGGUGUGUAUAAAAUAAUAUAAAUUAAGGCCUGCAAUUUUUUUUUUUUUUUUCAAAAGGAGCUUAAUACGCUGCUAUAUAUCUAGGGGCCAAUGAAUGUUUAGUAGGAGUUGUUAAGAAUUCAUGGAUUCUUGAUUGAUGUAAAUGUUAAAUCACUGACUAUCCUUCCAUAUAAGAUUUUGUGUAUGGUAAAAGUAAUAUAAUAUUUGCAAGCAAUUUUAGAAGUAUUUAUCUUCAACAGAUAGGAAAUGGAAUUGCAGAUGUUUUUUAAAUAAAAAAUAAAAUAAAAUGGUAUAUAAAAUCAUAUACUGGUAUGCUAAAAAUAUACCUAAGUGUAAUUAUUUAUUGAUUCAAUAUAAUGGAGUGGUAUUAAUUAGUAUUACAAGAUUCUUACCAUAUUGAUCAGAAAAUUUGUAGAUAUAAUAUUAGGAAAAUAUCAGAUAUUGCAUGAGAUAGAUCUAUAUACUUUUUUAUAUACACCUAAAAAAAAAACCCAAAUUCUAAUGUUUGUAAAAUUAAGAAAUAUAAAAACGCUUUCCCUUGAAUUUGUAAUUGCUAGAUUUAUUGUAGUUUUUAUUUUUAUUUCUACUGCACCACCGGCAAGUAAUGCGAGAGAGUGGGAAAAAAUGAGGCUUGCUUUAAAAAAUAAAAAUAAAAACGCUUGCCCACUGCUCAUGUUUAAGCUUUUAAAAAUUAUAAGAAAUAUCUGCCUGGAACCCACGUUCGAUAGUAAUAAUACUGCAACCUUUGUAUUUUGCAAAACGUGAAGUUUACAGCAAAUUAAAGAUUUUUUCAACAUUUUUGAAGCCCUGUGCACGCUAUAAAUACUUGUGUGACAAGUACCUGUGAUUUGCCCAUAAAUUGAUGUGAUGCCCAUGUAUAGCAACUAGGAUAUUUGUCACAGAAAACACAGAUAAUGUGGACAGAAAAUUGCAAUGCUUUGUACUAUUAUGUUUGACUUUACUUGCAUUUAUUACAAAUUAUUUAUAUAUAAGCAAAGAGUAUAGAAUUACAAGAGGUCUGACUGCUCUGAUUUUGUAUGCACUUACUGAAACAUUAAAGAAGUACUACCACAAGAUAGAGGGUGCUGUAUGGGGCUAUGUUUUGACAUAGGACAUGUUCGAUACAAACACCUUUUACGUUUUUUAAAGGAUGCCCUCUAGCUCAUGGUAAUGCUUUUUGAAAUAAGAUUGUGUUCCAACGAAACCCCAAGAGUCGGACUUCUUGCAGUUCUAUACUCUUCAUAUAUAACUAACUGGUUAUCAUACUAAAGAAUGUGGUGUGUUUGUUAAAGAGGGGUAUUUUUUUGUCUACUGUACAUUCAAAGUGAAUAUUAAAUAAAUUAUAAGAAUGCA